AUGCAGCAAGAUCUCAGGAAGCUCCCAGGCUUCCACGAGGUGUCCUCGAACCAAUGGCCGGCGCUGUUCAAAGCAAAGAUCGACCAGUGCAAUGUCAUAUUUGACUUUACCGAUAUAACUUGUGAUGUCAAGUCCAAAGACAUCAAGCGACUUGCCUUGUAUGAGCUAAGGGACCACGUUGCUAGCAAAGAGCAUGUCCUAGCAAACUCCAUCUACGAGCAAGUCGUCGACAUGUUCGGCAGAAACGUUUUUCGAACAAUACAGCCACCAACAUACCGCCAGCCCGAACUCUUCGAUGUUGAGGACGAGCCAACUCUGGAGGUUGCUUGGCCACACAUUAAGGCAGUAUAUGAAUUAUUCCUGGGGGUCAUGGAGAGUCAUGAUUUCGACAUCAAGACGGCUAGGGCGUACAUCGACCAAAACUUCGUGCUCCAGCUCUUGCAACUUUUUGAUUCUGAAGAUCCCCGUGAGCGAGGUUUGUUAAAGGCCACGCUAUAUGACAGGUUCCUCAGCCUACGAUGCUUCAUCCGACAAUCCAUCAACCAGAUGCUCCUUCAGUUUAUCUACGAAUCCGAGAGGUUCAACGGUGUUGCUGAAUUUCUCGAAAUCCUUGGCACCAUCGUAUACGACCUCGUCAUGCCUUUGAACGAGGAGUAUAAAACCGUCCUAACCCGCGUUUUGCUACCACUGCACAAGCCUACGAUACUUAGUAACAGUGUGGCUAACAGACCGACAGACCCAGACCGGCCCCUUCGGUCUGUCGGUCUGGCCUUGUCGAGGCUCCCGGUCUGUCGGUCUAGGACUGUCUGA